AUGAAUGGAACGCCGCUACGACUAUGGACGUUACCCAUCCAGCCCAACUCACUGGUUUCCGUUUUCUCGACGAUUACGAUAUCCUCCCUCCUCGUACCAAUAGCAGAGAGUAUUGGCCAACUCAAAUGGGAUUACUUCAGUCGACCCAGGAAUAUUCGGAGCAUACAGAUACUUGAUGAAGCUAGUCGAGGGCUAUGGGGGGCUUUCGUGUUUCUUUGGAGAGCCCGCGGCACUGCACUCCUCGCUACGCUCGGCGCGAUCAUCACAGUUCUGAUGCUUGGUUUUGAGCCUUACACACAGCAAAUCAUCAAACUACAUACCCAGAGGACAAUCUUGUCGAACACGACUGGCUUUGUCGCGUCCACCUACUUCUUUACACACUCGGUUUUCGUGGAAAAAAUAGAGUUUCCGCAAGACCUUUCUUAUCAAAUGGCUACUGGCUUGCUGGCUUCUAUAAUUGAUCAGCCAGUCAUGAUGCCAAACAAUUCCUACUGCCCGACAUUGGAGUGUGACGUCAGCAAUUAUAUUUCUCUUGCUGUACAUGGAUUUUGCAAGACCCAAGACAUCAGCUUCAGCAAAGACUCUGAGUACUGUUACUACCAACUCAUGGCAGGUUUCCCAAAGAACAUCACCCUUUCCGUCUGGGAAGGUCGCGCAGCUAUUGGACUUUUACCCAAUAUAACCACAAGUGAGCGGAUUACACUACAUGCCUACUUCAAAGCCGCAGUAGCUGAGGACGAAGAGGGAAGUGUUUGGGUUAGAGAAUGCUUUAUACUUCGGGAUUUUGACAACCACACAGCCUUCAAACUUAGGUACCAGGUGACGCCUCAAUACGAAGGCUCGCGACUCGGCUCAGGGGAAGUACUCGUAUUGAGGAAUGAGACCGAGUUUAUCUUGUUCGAGGAGCCGGAUAGUGGACCCUGGCAUCGGACCAUGGAACUAUCUCACGGCCCACCUAAUUCGAACGACUCUGUAGGAACAACUCACCUGUGGUGGUCGACCUCAAGCUCCACGUGGAUUCUAGAAACGAUUCUAGAGUCCUAUGUGAUAAUCCGUGAGGGAGGUGACCCGAGACACAAGCUAUCAGGCUGUAUCUCGGGUUCUGAUACGGCAAAUGCAGCGCUAGAUGGGGAGACGAAUCUACCCAAGGUAACGACGAUAAUGACUCCAACAUGUUUCACGUCGACUUCGGAUCUUAUUGCCAUGGAGCAGCUAGAUCGCUUCGGAGAGAUGAGCGGAACUUUUACCAAGUGUCGCCCUAGCCUCUGCGCGCGCCACUACUCCAACGUCUCGAUCAGAGGUAGCAGCGAUAGAAUCGCCAACACAUUUGACUUGCUGUCAAACAUUGACCUGCCACUAAACACGUCUUUCAUGGCGAUGGACAAUUACGCAAACGGUUCUGCACUGUACAAUGCAAAUGACGACCUGGGCAACAAUUUGAUCCUGGACCGAACCGCUGUCAGACGAUUAGGGCGCUUCUUCUUUGCAACAAUUAGAUAA